AUGGUACCGCAUCUGCGGUCGAAGCAUCGCAAAAGCGAGAAAGGGGGGCUUGUGAAGGAGCCGCAGAAGCGGCCUUUAGACCGCAUAAGCAGAACCGCUGAUGCGGACGGAAAGAGGAAUAAUGCUUCGAAAGUCUAUGUUGUAUUUCGUGGUAAGAGGCCUGGAUUAUACAGCUCUUGGUGUCAGUGUGCUCCUAUGAUUACUGGUGUCAAUGGUAGCAUCUUCCAGGCUUUCAAAUUGUAUGAUGAAUCCAUAGCAACGUUAAAUGAGUUCAGAAAAAGUUGUCAAGCUGAGAAUUUAUCGGCAUCGAAGGUGUAUGUGGUAUUUCGUGCUAAAAGGCCCGAAUUAUACGACUCUUGGUGUGAGUGUGCUCCUAUGGUUAUAGGUUUCAAAGGAAGCAUCUUCCAGUCUUUCAAAUCUUAUGAUGAAGCCAUAGCAGCAUUCAAUGAAUUCCAAGAAGAAAAUCCUGACACUGAAAGCCCAUCUUCAAGUUCGUUUGUAGAUGAAAGUGGUGUAGGGGUUGAAGGUGACGAUGGAGCAAGUGUUAUUUCGUCUGUGUUGUUAGCUGGAAUAUUUGUAGGGAUAAAGAUAUAA